CGGUACCAUUCGCGCGUUGCGGCUAGCUUCAGGAAGCUCGAGAGGUUCGUUCGUCCAACCUGCACCGACUUGCACCCUUCUGCACUACUUGCGCUUACGAAUGGAGAAGGAAGCGCGAGAGUGCAAUUCGAACGGACUCGCUGACUUAACCUUACUUUGCGGAUCGUUCUUGGAGGUUACGUAAAAGCGUUUUUGUCACCGCGAGUGACAGGAAUACGUAAAAUACGGAAUGGAUACCGAAAGGACGAGUGAGAGCGACAAGCGCAAGCCGGUGAUGUUACUCGGCCGAGAUAUCACGAAGAUUCCCUGCUUCAAAAGGAGCAUGUUGAACGGCAUCUACACCGGCAUCGGCAGCGGCCUGGUCACGUUUCUGUUGACGAGUCGUCCAAGGCGAGCGCUGGAAGUUGCUUUGGGAGCCUACAUGAGCGUCUCCCUGGUCUACUGGUGCCAUUGCCGAUACACAUACGUGAAGCAAAAGUAUCAGUUGAACGACAUAAAGGCCCUUCAACAACAACAAUCAGUCAACAAGGAAAUCGAGGAAACAGAAGUCGAGCAGAAGGGAAAACUAGUUAACGCUUAAGAAAUCCUGUUAUUUAAUCUUGAAAAAUGUGUAAAUUAUAUGCGAUAUUCAUCGCAUGGAACAGCCAGCUAUCUUGUAACAUAACAAAGAUUAUUAUAUUAUUUAUAUGUGUAAAAAGUGUGAGAGAGUCCUAAGCUUCUUUAUAACAAGUCAAUACAUAAUACAUUGUAUUUGCAUAUAUUUGAUAUACGACUGUUGGUUAUAACGAUGUAUGUACAUAUAAAAGAACAGCUGUUGUGUAAUUUAGUCAUUACUGCAUCAAAAGCAAUUAAAAGUGUUAGCUAAGGAACGAAUACUAUUAGUUAGAUUUUUAUCAUGUAACAAAGCAAAUUAAGUAAAAUACUUUAUGUAUAAAGUCUGUCUUCUAUAAUAAAUAUCUCUUUUAAACAUAUA